AUGUUUCAGCCCACACCCAAGCGGUGUUUCACCAUCGAGUCGCUGGUGGCCAAAGACAGCCCCUUGCCCGCGUCUCGCUCCGAGGAUCCUAUCCGACCGGCGGCGCUCAGCUAUGCCAAUUCCAGCCCGAUGAACCCUUUUCUCAACGGCUUCCACUCCACUGGCAGGGGGGUCUACUCCAACCCGGACUUGGUCUUUGCAGAGGCCGUCUCUCACCCGCCUAAUCCGGCCGUGCCGGUCCAUCCCGUGCCCCCUCCCCACGCCCUGGCCGCCCACCCGCUGCCCGCUUCGCACUCCACGCACCCGCUCUUCGCCUCGCAGCAAAGGGAUCCCUCUACCUUCUACCCCUGGCUAAUACACCGCUACCGGUAUCUGGGCCACAGGUUCCAAGGGAAUGAAACCAGUCCGGAGAGCUUCCUAUUGCACAAUGCACUGGCCAGGAAACCCAAACGGAUCCGUACAGCUUUCUCCCCAUCCCAAUUACUGAGACUGGAACAUGCAUUUGAGAAGAACCAUUAUGUAGUAGGAGCAGAGAGAAAACAGCUGGCACACAGUCUCAGCCUCACGGAAACUCAGGUAAAAGUAUGGUUUCAGAACAGACGGACAAAAUUCAAGCGGCAAAAGUUGGAAGAGGAAGGUUCAGACUCACAACAGAAGAAAAAAGGGACUCAUCACAUUAACCGGUGGAGAAUCGCCACCAAACAAGCCAGUCCAGAGGAAAUCGAUGUCACGUCGGACGAUUAA